AUGAUUCGUAAUGGCUUCAAAAGAUUUAUGCACAGUAAGAUUUUACCAAUUUCAAAUACUGUAGAUUUGUCAUUUUCAAAAAUUAGUCCAGGAAAUUUAGUCAUACCAAAUGAAUAUACUUCAAAACCUGCCAUUGUUAAUAUUCAUGGUAUUCUUGGUUCUAAAAUGAUGUUCUGCUCUUUGUCAAGAGAAUUGGCAAAUGUUCUACAAACUGACGUUUAUUCUCUAGAUUUAAGAAAUCAUGGUACUUCCCCAAGAGCCGGACCUUUUGAUUAUUUAACUAUGACACGAGAUAUAAUUUAUUUUAUUAAAAAGCAUAUUGGCAAUAAGCGUCCAAUAAAUAUCUUAGGGUUUUCUGCUGGUGGAAAACUUGGUUUACUGACCACCUUGUCAAAAGAAAUAAAUGUAAGAAAAUGCAUAUCGAUAGAUCUACCGCCAUAUUAUACCCCAGAAAUGGACCCAAUAUUAGUCGAUAAUUAUAAUCUAAUUAUGGAAAUAUUAAAUGAAGAUAUCAAAAUUCAAAAAGGUUCAAAAAAUUGGAAAGUAAAAGUUCAGAAAUUGUUCAACAAACUACCUGUCAAUAUAGCAAGUAAUGGUGGUCCUGCAUUCUAUUUUAGUAGUGGGUUUUUAUCUUUAAAAGGGAAUGACUUAGAACUGAGAGAUUCGUUACCACAUAGAAAGAAUCCUGAUAUUUCAAAAUAUAUAGAAUAUUAUAUCCCACUUCAGUCAAUGCCAGAUUUUAUUGAAGAAUUGAAAAAAUGGCCAGACUUAAACUCAUCAAGAAUGGAAAUGGAAAAAUUAGAUUCUAAAACUAACAAACCUGUCCUAUUCCUAAAGGGCAAAAAAUCGUUCUUCAUAAAUGAAAAUUAUGAUCUAUUAAAAAAUUCCUUCCCUAAUGCUCAAGUACAUGAAUUCGAUUCUGGCCACAACAUCAUGUUCGAAAAACCAAGAGAAUCUACUGAAACCAUUAUUAAUUUCUUUCAAUGA